UAUGCACGGGCCCCAUUCUGUCUCGGGCAAUGUAACAUAUUUCGUAAUACCAGUCGAACAUACGUAUUACGAAAUCGAACGGUCAUUUCUGGUCUUCAUUAUCGACGUGGUCAUUAGACGUUAAUGGUACGCUGAUACGACCAAAUUGAUAGGACGUCAAUUACGGCGGGAAAAAAAUCAGAUACGCGCAACAGGGUGUAAUCGGUGUAGGCACGGCGAGUUUAUUUUCAGCGAGUGAUACAAUGCAUAUAGAGCCGAGGAAUUGAAACGUUGUGGCAAACAAUAAAAUUCGAUUGAAAAGCCAUCACGGAGAAUGGCGCUUAAUUCGUGCUAUUCGAUCUAUAGACGACUGGUACGUUUGCAACUAGGAUGAGAAAUCGUGCAACGCUGACAACGAUUCCCUGUCUACUCUUGGCAAGAUACGGGUAAUAUAUCGGUUAAGGGACAGAAAAGAGAAGAGCGAGGUGGAAAAGGAAGGGAAAGGUAGGCGAUCGGGAAAAGCGUUAGACCAAAGAAGAAUCGGCUGGCUUGACGGUCGUGAGCCGACUGCCUGGUUCGUUCCGGCCUGGUGGAACGCUUCGCGGACAGAGUGCGCGAGCGGAAUGCUUAUUGCCGAUCGGUCGAGCCGAGCCGAACCGAGCUCGAAGAGCGGUCGGGCCUGCGUCGCCGCCGUAUAACUCGGUGAUUUCGCCUGGAGCUUAUUUAUUUCGAACCUGAAACUCGCCGCGGCAACCACGUGCUACGAUUGCAGCUGCGAGUCAAGUAAGUCGGAGACUGUCUUCUAUUGCGACAACGCUUUUCUGUUCGAUCGCGGUAGCAUCAAUCGAACGAACAUUAAGCAACGUUCGUUAAGAGGAAACAGAGCAAAGAGAAAAGAAAAUAAAUAUAAAAAAGGAAAUAGAGAGCGCGACUGGGGGAAAGGAAAAAGGACGGCGCGAGUCGUCGCGAACGUCAAACGAAGAAAAAAAGAAGCAAAGUGGAGAAAGAAGGAAAGAGAAAGGCACAGAGAUACGCUGUGCAUUGUAUGAGCGUCGGUGUUUGGGAAACGUGCUCGAAUCCUUUUUUACAGAAUCAGUGCGCUUCGUCGGUACAUCGAACUUCUUCUAGAAGCUGCGAUACGAUAGCCGCGGACGCUUUCGCGCCGAACUUAUCGAUCUUUCCUUUAGCACAGUUUAAGGGCAGUCUGUUUCGGUGUUGUGCGUGACGAUCGUUUAGUUUCGGAAGAAGGAGAAGAAGAAGAAGAAGAGGACGAAGGCGAAGAAAAAGAAAAAGAAGAAGAAACACGAACCGAAGGUCUCGUUUGUAUUACACCGAAUCUUUGACCCGAACAACACAUACUCUGUGAUAUACUUCGUCAGAAUCUUUACUACUCUGUGAUUUGUGAUUUGUGAUAACGAUAUUUAUUAUUUUUACGAGGACUUUUAGAUUUAUUCCAGCUCCAAUUCCUGUAAUAUAUUUCAAAGGUUACCGCAUUUAAUCGAGUACUAACGGUGAUUAGGAACGACACAUCGUGAAGACCUACGCCGACCAGAGAGCCAUCGGAAAUUUAAUCGGUCUUUGGAUCAGCGACAAGAAAGGAAAGAGAAAGAUAAGGAGCGCUGGAGCAGAAGAAACUGUUUUGAACGUGUUUCAAAGAUUACACGGCACGUUUUACGAAACGAAGUGAUUAACGAUAAACAGCUUAGGUUUCGAUAAGGCUGGCAUACAUCGUACAGCCAGUAAGGGAACGUCGAACAUUCGACUCAUUUUCGUCCGGAAACUCGUGCGAGAAAGCGAGGAUCAGCUUGGAUCGAACGCGUCGGUUGCUGAGAAGAAAGCGAGAAAGAAGUUUCUCGAAGCUUGGUUACCGCUGUCGCUGGUGUUGAGUGCUGACUCUACCGCAACAUAGAAGGUAGGGGUUUCUCAGUAAAAACGAACCUGAUCGGUUUUGUGCAUCGUUCCUCCAGCAGGAAGCUCUACCUAGCGUGUUCGCGUAGGUCACGGUUUUACAUGCCCGUCGUUUUAUAGCUUACGAACAACUCGUUCAACUGCACGGUGAGCCAAAUCGUCGAAAAUAAAUCAGGAAACGGCCAGGGCACCGUAAAUAGCUUGCCGAUAUUCUCGACCAAUUUCCUCGAGGCACACGUCAAUCGAAGGAUUUUACAUUCGCUGGCGUGGAACCUUGAGCGAUCGAUCCGUAGAUCCUGGGACCUUGAUUUUGAACUUCGACGGAGAAGAAUAUACAAGCCAAACGUUGCUUCGAGCAAAAAGAAGCUUAAAAAAAGUUUCUACGUAACCGUUGAUAAAAAGCACAGAGAGAAAUCAUCGGCCCUCUCCUUUCUCUCGAUAAGAUAUACAAGUAACAAGUAUACAACGGAGAGUCGCGGAAUUUCGAUCGAACGAAAUAAUAGAUUUAUCAGUACGUUUGUUUUCAUUGGGAAUCGAGUUAGAUUCGAAACGGCAGAAGUUCGUACGAUACGAUACUCCUGGUGAGUAGUGGCGGAAAGAAAAUACAGCGACUAAAGGAGAGAGAAGUUUCUCGAAGCUUGGUUUACCGCGCGCUGACUGUGCUCUAAACUCGCUCGAAAAGGAGAAACACGAGCGGGCAAGGAAUACGACGGAGAAGGUCUUACAGGAAAGAAAGAAGCCGAUGGGUGUGCGCCGUCUCUGAGAACGAGGAAGACAGAAACGGAAUCGUUGCUGCCGUAACCUGGGACAGAUUUAAAAGGCCCACGUGCUCCACUUAGGCCCCCCCCCCCCCCCUCGUUCCGAUAGAAACUACAGUGCAAACUUUCAAGGCGAAGAGGAAGCUAGAACAGGAUCCACAGGGGACGAAAGAAAACGGAGGAAAAGCCUGGGGAUAAGGAACAGGAUUAACUACGAUCGAAGUUGAACGAAAGGAAAGAAAAGUCGACCGCUGGAAAGAAGGGACGAGUGCGGGUCGAACAAAGACGGAGAAGUAAAUUGGUUACAAAGGAGUGGAAUAUAAAAGAUAAAAAGAUAGAGAGGAAAGAAAGGCACGAGUAUAUAUCAUUGCAGUUGAAGAUGGCAAAGGGCAAACCGUUAACGGUCUCGGAGCGGCGGGCGAACGACGUGUUCGACGAAGAAUCGAUAGCGGUACGAUCGCGAUGGCGAAAUUUCGCCGCCUUCUGGAUACUCGGACUCUGCAACAAUUACGGAUACGUGGUGAUGCUUAGCGCCGCGCACGAUAUACUUGAGAGCAAAUUCGGCACGACGAUGGAACCUGUCACGGAAUUCACGAAUGGCACCGUGACGACCACCAAUACCACCGGGAUUCGAUCCUGCAACACAUUGUCCACUGGCGCUAUAUUGCUAGCGGAUAUAUUACCAUCGUUAGCGGUGAAGACGAUCACGCCGUUCCUGCCUUUUUACGUACAUGCUCGACUGGCUACCUGUGUGUUAUUUUCCGCUGCAGGAUUCCUUAUGGUGUCGUUGAGCACUACUGAAUGGCUCGCCAUUCUGGGCGUCGUUGUAACGUCACUCUCUUCCGGUUUGGGAGAAGUUACUCUGCUGAGUUACAGUCACCAAUACCCCAAACAAGUAAUAGCGACAUGGUCUUCCGGUACUGGAGGCGCCGGAAUAAUUGGCGCGCUAUCUUAUGCCUCCCUCACCAUGUGGUUGAGUAACGAAGACACAUUGUUAGUUAUGUUAAUCGUACCGAUUAUACAAGGAAUCACUUUCUGGUUGGUUCUGGUUCACCCGCCGCAGUCCAGUAUCCCGAUCACUAAGAACGGUAUCGACAGUCAAGAACACAUCAUUGAGAUCCCUAGGAAGAGCUUUAAAGAAAAGAUCAAUCUGGUACCGGGAUUGAUGAAGUAUAUGAUCCCGCUUGGGCUCGUGUACCUCUUCGAAUAUUUCAUUAACCAAGGAUUGUACGAGCUGAUCGAAUUCGAUGACAUUUGGUUGACGCACGCCGAACAAUAUCGCUGGCUCCAGGUGGAUUAUCAGAUAGGAGUGUUUAUCUCAAGAUCGUCCGUCAAUCUCAUCACGAUUAACAAAAUCUGGAUCAUGGCUCUGUUACAGUUUAUUAACGUCAUAAUUCUGCUGUUCGAGACGCUGUUCUACUAUUUGCCCAGUAUUUGGAUUGUGUUCGCGUUCGUUUUGUGGGAGGGCCUUCUUGGUGGUGGAGCAUACGUGAAUACGUUUUAUCGAAUGUCUACCGAGAUUCCAAGAGCGGAUCGUAAAAUUUCCUUGGGAAUUGCUACGAUGGCCGAUUCCAUUGGAAUCGCGUUGGCAGGAUGGUUGUCUAUGCCGGUUCACAAUGCUAUUUGUAGACUGCCACAACCGUCUCGAGUGGGAAGCUAGGAGACAAACAUAAGAUAGUAUUUAACAACGGUCAUGCGAAUAUAAGCAGGAUCGUGACGCCGUGAUACAUACGUUAUUUAUUACCGAAUCUUCUUCGACACGCCAUCAUGGCUUCGAUAAUGUUGAUAACUGAGGUAACGUGGUUCGUACAUCAUUCCGGUUUCUAGCCAUUAUUAUGCUACCGUUAAUUAUUGUAGCAAAACGCGAUUAGUAUCGCCAUGAUCAAGCUUGAUACCUCGUUCGUAUUAACUUCGAAAACAUAGAAUUUAUUCGAUGCUGCUCGUCGAUUGAACUUCCAUCGAACUGGAAUCAUGGACGAUGCUUAAAAAUUGGACUACGAUUCGACAGAAACCGAUGUUCCUAAAUGAAAAAAGAAAAAACAAGAAAUUUAACUCGCUAGAUUGUAAGUUCGAUCGUUCUCAGAUUUAUUUGGUACAAAUAUUUAAAGGAUUAGGAACAGAAUUGUUUUACGAUUAGUUUGAUUUCGUUUCGCAGCGCGUUUCUUCUUCCUUAACAGAGAAGAAGAGCAAAAAGCAGCGAAUCGCGCAACAGGAAAACCAGAAAUUGAAUAUAGACGAGGAAAUCUCGUCUCGAUUUAUCAUAUGCGUCAACAGCAUUCGACCCCUGUUGUCGAAUAUCGCAGCGCUACGCUUUUGUAAACGCGACCUAAAAUUUUCUGUUAUGGGCUACGCGUUUCAUCGUGCGUUCUUAGCUAGUAGGUUUAUACGUCGUUUAACAUUUGGUCGAAACAAGAACGACCACCAGUAUUCGUAGUUAGCGUAACACAUCGAUUUUUGCCACGCGUUAUAGGCGCAUUCGAUGAACGAGACAGCGUUCGAUUUACAAUAUUUUUAUUGUUUAUGCACGACUCGUGUCCAUAUGUUAAACACCUUUUCAAAAAUAUUGCUGACAAGAUUAUCUUGGUUUAUUUCGCUAAAAUGAUAACGAAUUUCGUAUUUCGCUUGACCACGUCACAAUAUAUCAUAACACGGGUUGUGCGUUGUGUUUAUAAAAAUUAUUUCCUUUUUUUUUUUUGCAAAGAGAAAGUCGUCCAAUCGAUUUUUAAUCAUGGCCGAAAUUUCAAACAUUCCUCGUCAAAAGGAUAUUUGUUGAAACACGCGAGAGUGUUAAUUAGAAGUAUUAUAAUAUCAAGUCGCAGAGUAAAUACGGUAGGACCGGAAAUUUCGACGAACGAUUCUUCGUCUCCGUUACGAGAAAGGUCCUUUCCAUUCUUCUAGCAAAAUAAUUCGCCUUUUCCUAAAUACAUAUUGUAUAUGUGAUAUACCGAUAAUACUGUUUCCUACAUUUAUUUUGAGAUAUAAAUAUAUAUAGUAUAUAUAUAUAUAUAUAUAUAUAUAUAUUUAUAUACGAAAUAUUAUAUUGUUUAUUACGCCGUAAUAUAUAUAUAUAUAUUAUAUUUAUCGUUGUAAAAUUGGAACUGCUUGUGACGCGUUCUAAAAUGAAUGUUCUGCGGUUCGCGGUUCUCCUAAUUUUAUUUUAUCGUAUUUUAUUUCUUUUUUUUUCUUUUUAGUAUAAGGAAAAUAAAUAAGAGAAAGAACGAUUACGACAGCGAAGCGUGGAAAACAAAUGAAAUCGAAACAUUGUUCAAAUAUGUAACUUGUUGUGAAUAUGUUCGAAAUAAACGAUAAAAAUUCUUUUUCGAAAA